AUGGAUACCGAGCAUCAGGGACCAGUAAUGGAUUCGGAAGAAGCAGUUCAUGAUGUUGAAUUAUCAGAAAAUGAGAACUCGUCAAAUGAACUCUUAGAGACUCCACGGACUCGAGUGAAGAGAAUGCUAGCGAAGUUUGAUGAUGAUUAUGAGCCUGCUGCUAUUGUAAACGAAACAGAGGUUCCUGCCAAGGAUGUCCAAAAUAACUCUGAUAUCCAGAUGGACGACGAUUUACAGUCCAAAUUUAAUUCAGCCUAUGAGCGUGUUAAGCAACGAUUACAGAGCGAAAAGAAAAAUAAUAUUGCAUCUGAAAAAGAAAAUCUGGAGAAUGAAAGGUUGGAAAGCAAUAUUGGUAGCGUCCAACAAGCCUCGACGCCAAGUUCUCCGGUAGAACAGGAACCAGUUCAAGUUGCACCGCUUGACCGCGAGUCUCGCUUAAAACAAUUAGUUGAAAAGAAAAAGAAAGAAUUGAAAGCUCAACAGGAUGAUCUCUUUAAUCUAGAUGAACCAGCCGCCGUCAACGAAGGUUCUUCAGAUGCCGACAGUAAUCAAGAAGAAGAAGGAGUGGCACCUGAGAGUAAAUCAUAUGGCAUGGAGCGUGGAUAUCGAAAAGCCUCCAAGAAAGCACUUCUUGACCUUCAUCGAAAUACUGCAAAACUGACACGUGAAGUAGCUAGAAAACCUGAGAUAAAAAUCGGCAAGAAAGUUACUCUAAAUGAUUUCUUUGGUAAGAUUGGAUUUAAGCCCAAAACGGAAACUGGAAAAAAUUCGAAAGAUGAGUCAGUAUCAACGCAGAAUAUAACUGAAGAUAUUCCUUCAAAGGAAAAUGCUGACCCCAAUCCUAGAGUAGAGGGAAGUAAUGAUGAAAACCCAUUGAACUCUGAUGACUCGUCAGACAAUGAUGUUGAUAAGGGAAUGAAAAUAGGUGAACUGAAUAUGCCGGACUUAGGACAGUCGAGUUUGUUCAGUAACAUGCUUCCGAAGGAAACAACACCUAAAUUAUCUAUAAAGGACAAAAUUCAAAAACUCUCUAAGAAAAUGUAUACCGAAACUUCAGAUUCAGAAUCGGACUUAGAAAUAGAGACUCGUCCAAAAACGGCGACGCUGGACACAGUACAGUCAGUCAAAUCUUCAGAGAAUGUUGACACGGUUGCUGAGAGACUAAAGAAGCUUGCUGGCAUUAGGGUUCACACGAAAGGAAACACGAAGCCUGAAGAAAAAGAAUUUAGAAUGAAAGAAUUCAACCGAGAUUUGAUGAAAAGAGCUGCAAUGAUGUCAAAAGCUGAAAGAGAAGAAACAGAGAAAGACUUAGAAAAGCAAGGGCUUUUGGUUUCCGAUCCUGACAAAGAUGAAGAAGAGCAAUUAGGAUAUAUUGAACGUGCUAGAAAGGAAGCGGAAAAUAUACGGCAAAAAGAGCAUGAACUUGGUGGAGAUGGUUCUUCAGACGAUGACCAAGAAGCUGAUUAUGAGGAUGUUUCUGCCAAUAAAAAACCUAAGACAGUAAUUUCCGAUGUAAUCAUUCAGGCGACGCAAUCUGAGUCAUCCGAUGCAAGUUUGAAGAAAAGAAAAAACAAUCGCGUUGUAUUAGAUGAUGAUGAGAUUGAGGAGCAGAAUAAUUCUUCAUCUGACAUGAGGGUUGUGGAUUCCGACAAUGAGGAUGAUUUGCGAAUUGAUGACUUCUCCCAUUCAUCAAAGGAGAAUAAAGAAGAAAAGGAAAGCAAAGAAGAUCCCUCUGCUUUCUAUUUUCAAAAUAUGCUUCCAUCAGAUUCACAGCUCUCUAUUGUCGAUGCAAAUUUCAGUCAGCCCCCUCCUAGAUGGACAUUAUCGAAUAUUACACCGCUUGAAGAAGACACUGUACCAACACAAAUAGAUGCCUUGAUACCCACUCAAGUGGACGCAUCAAUACCGACUCAGGUAGAUUCGAUUAAGAAAGAUGAGCCAAGCCAGUUGGUAAAAACCCAGGUGGACAAGGAAAACGAUGAAGCUACUUCUCUUCCCAGAAAGGAUCUAUUACAGAGGCGUCCAGGAAAGGGUGACUCAAAAGUCAAUUUCACGAGUUUUGUAGAAGAUCAAGCUGAAGAGUCCGAAGAUGAAUAUGCUGGAAUGGGAGGAGUUUCAGAUGACGACGACGGAAACGAGGAGUUGGAGCCAGAAAUCAAAAACAUGAUUGAUGAUGAAACAAAGCUGAAGAAAGAAGAAAUAGCAUCGAUGGCUCAAUAUGCUCGUGAUCAAGAAAUUGACAAGGACAGCAAAUUAGUCGAACAGCUUAUGAAAGAUGUCACGACCGGUGGGCUUCGGAAAAGACGUAGGAACAAUGUAGGCUUAUUAGACGAUAGCGAUGACGAUGAUGAUGAGCACAACGGAAUUCGACGAGAAAAGCUUAAGGAGCUUCGAAGACGGAAGUUGAUGAAGCAUGAGAACUUGGAGAUUCUUGGCGGAGGAAAAAGGAAAGCGUUUUUGGCUACAGUUGAGGAUAAUUUGGUAGAUACUACUGAUAAUCUUCAUUGGUUAGACAAUAACGAUGAAGAUUCCGGUAUAGGAUCUUCUGAACUUGGAGAAGAGCAUGUUAGGUCUGAUCCUGUGGAAGUUGACGAUGGCGAAGAUGCAAUUCGUGAAAGAGAUGGACUAUUAGAAAAGGCAAAUCGGAAUUAUGUUGAUCGCUCGGAAUUAAGUAAAGCGAUUUCAAAGACGUCUUUGACCGGAAAGGAUGACAUUGAUUUACCGGCAACAUUGAAGACAAUGAUGCGAAAAUCGAAAAGGAGUAAAAUGGACGGAAGUGCUGGCGAUAUAUCUUCUUCAAACCUAAAAACCUCUACUCUUGUUUCCUCCACGCAACGAACUACUGGUCGUAGAUUCAAGGGUCUCAUGCAGGUUUCAAAUACUAACAACAGGGAAAAGCCUCAGAUUCAAGGUUCGCAAGCUACAGCAGCCAACCCAUCUGUUCCUAAUAAACCGAACUUGCUGGCUUCUCUCAACAACUUUUCUGAUUUUGAUUGA